CCAUUAACUUGUAAUUGGAGGGAAGCAUGAUGCUGUUAAUUUAUUCCCAGUGGUGGUAGCUUGACGAAGAAGAGAGUGCCUCCCACACCUUCAAACCCACCAAAAUCUCUAGUGCGCAGGUUAACUCCCACAUCUUCCAAAAUUCCUUUUUCUCUGUACCCACCGACUUCGCACGUUAGCACACCAUUCAGAAAUCGAGAAAAUUCAUGAUUGAUUUUGAAAAAAUAGGUCAGUUAUUUUUGUUUGGAUUAUAAUUGGGUUAUUAUCGGGUUUUGGAUCGAUUGAUCGGUCGAUCGAUCGAUGGGGAUUUGAAUAUGUCGAAAGUGAAGCAUUUACUGCGGAAACUGCAUAUCGGGGAUCAUCAACCCCAAGGUAGACCGCCCACACUCGAUCCGUCCCCUCAAACGACGCCGUCCCAGUCGUCGUUGGCAUCUUCACCUUCAUCUGACCUGAACCCCAUUUUGGCACAACCCGCUUUGGUUUCGCUGGAAAAUGAAAAUUCUGUGUCUAGUUCUAAUUCUAAUAGUAAUUUUAAUUUCUUCGAGGAGGAGUAUCAAGUUCAAUUGGCACUUGCUAUUAGUGUGUCGGAUCCAGGCCAAAACAUCGACCCGGAAACUGCCCAGAUCAACGUCGCCAAGCAAAUUAGUCUUGGGUGCUCGCCCUCUCAAUCCCUUGCCGAAUUUCUCUCGCUUCGUUACUGGAGCUGUAAUGCCAUAAAUUAUGACGAGAAAGUAAUUGACGGGUUCUAUGAUGUUUGUGGAAUUGAAUCACAUUUGUCCUCCCAAGCAAAAAUGCCGUCGCUGGUUGAUCUUCAACUAAUUUCUAUUUUGGAUCAUGUUGGUUCUGAGGUUGUUUUAGUGAACCGCACACUUGACACAGAACUGCGGGAGCUUGAGGAAAAAGUUUAUUGUAUGUUCAAGGAGUGCCUUGCUUUGGAAAGUGGUACAAGCUUUUUAGUUCAAAAAAUUGCUGACCUUAUUGUUGAAAAAAUGGGAGGUCCUGUUAAUGAUGCAGAAGAAAUGUUAAAAAGGUGGAGAGCAAGGAGUUAUGACCUGCAAAUCUUUCUUAAUACAAUCAUCCUUCCCCUUGGGGGUCUUGAUGUUGGACAUUCACGUCAGAGAGCUUUGCUCUUUAAGGUACUUGCUGAUAGGAUUAACCUCCCAUGUAAGCUAGUCAAAGGAAGUUAUUACACUGGCACUGAUGAAGGAGCAGUGAACUUGAUCAAAAUGGACAAUGGAAGUGAGUACAUUGUUGAUCUUAUGGGUGCUCCAGGCACUCUAAUCCCUGCUGAGGUGCUCAGUGGUCAUCACCAAAAUUUUAGUUUAGAUGCAUGGAGUAUUACACGUGUUGUAGGGACCACCAAAAGUUCAUGUACUCCAUUUGACAAAGGAGCUCGAAGCGGUUCACUUAUGCCUAAUAAUGACGAAAAUUAUAAAAUCAAAAGUUCAAGUUCAGAAUCAUCUGCCAUUUUCCCUGAGUCAAAGAGAGACUGCAGGGAUAUCCCGCUAUCAUUAUGCGGAGUUUGUGAAGAGUCUGCAGGUUCUGGAAAGAAAUCAUCACCAAGACAAAAAUUGCAAGUUGAAGAUGUUACGAAAUGUGUAAUUGAUGCCAGAAAAGACCCAGAGUUUACAGGAAAACUUCAUGCUGUUUUGUCAGAGAAUCGUUUAACAUCGACUUUGCCACAAUCUUCAAGAGGACAAAGUAUUCAUAAAAAUAAAUUUGUGAGAGGUGAAAGGAUGAUUAAUUCUUGGCGUCAUCCAGAGAUGUUCUCCAAAAAAGAGAACACUCUUGUACCUUAUUCUGAAGUGCAGGUAUUUAGCAAGGUUUUAUGUAACAGCAGCAAAAACCAUACUUCAGAACUGUUGGGUGGACAACAGCUCGAACUGGAUUUGGCCGUCUCUAGUCCUGGAUAUAAUUCAUCUUUGAAUACCCCAGCCAAAGAAUGUAUGCUUUUCAAAGGUAGAACUGAUGAAGUGAUACAUGAUGAUGAUGAUAUCACCGUGGGUGCUGGCCGUGCAAAUAUAUCAGACAAGUCUACUGUGGAAGUGACAGAAAUAGCCUGCAGUAACCAGUCUAGUGAUAGCAAGAAUCAGAACAUGAAAAAUGACCCUGUGCUGAGUGGUGUUGCUGAAAUUUUGUGGGAGGAUCUUCAGAUUGGUGAACGCAUUGGCAUAGGUUCGUAUGGUGAAGUUUAUCGGGCAGAAUGGAAUGGCACAGAAGUUGCUGUAAAGAGAUUCAUGAAUCAAGAUAUCUCCGGCACUGCACUUGCACAAUUUAGAUGCGAGGUUGAGAUCAUGUUGAGGUUGAGUCAUCCAAAUGUUGUUCUUUUCAUGGGAGCUGUAACUCAGCCUCCAAAUUUGUCCAUAUUGACAGAGUUUCUACCAAGGGGUAGUUUAUUUAAACUGCUGCACCGUCAAAAUAUCCAAAUUGAUGAAAAGAGGCGAAUAAAAAUGGCGCUUGAUGUGGCCAGAGGAAUGAAUUACUUGCAUACUAGUCACCCUAUCAUUGUGCAUCGAGAUUUGAAGACUCCCAAUCUCCUUGUUGACAAAAACUGGGUGGUUAAGGUUUGUGAUUUUGGGAUGUCACGUAUGCAGCACAGCACAUUCCUGUCUUCCAAGUCAACUGCUGGAACGGCGGAGUGGAUGGCACCAGAGGUUUUAAGGAAUGAACCAUCCAAUGAGAAAUCUGAUGUAUAUAGUUUUGGAGUAAUAUUGUGGGAAUUGGCAACUCUUCGUGUACCAUGGAUGGAGAUGAACUCCAUGCAGGUUGUUGGAGCUGUUGGAUUCCAGGGUAGGCACCUUGAGAUUCUGCCCAGUAUUGAUCCAGUGGUUGCAGAGAUAAUUAGUGACUGUUGGAAACGAAAUCCACAAGCACGCCCUUCUUUUAAGCAGAUUAUCAGCCGUCUGAGGUGUUUGCAGCGUCUAAAUUUGCAGACAGAGACUCCUGCAUCUCAGCAGUAAGUAAUUCUGUUGUAUCAAUAGCUUAGAGGUUGUUUCCGGACUUAAAGGAGCCAGGGCUAGAGAGCGUUUAGUUGGGAGCCUCCUGUAGACAAAGUAGUUUAUAAAAGGUUGUCACAAAAGGAAGAGUUGGUUCAUUCGAAGUGGGGACUAAACACGACCAAGGAUAUCCUCCUGUCGAUAGUCUCACAAAGUGCAGUCGGGAGGGUAAUGAUGGAGAGCUGUUGGUGCCUAAACACUUCAAGAUAAUUUACAUCGUAAAAAGUUGAGAAAUGAAAAAAUAUACAUAUAUCUACAGGCGUUUUCGCGAUAGGUUUAGCAUUAAAACAAAUGUACCAUCUAUAUGUAAGAAGUCUGUUUAAUAAGAAUAGAAAAGGGGAGUUUGGAGAAUCUGUGGGGAUCAAGGGAGCAACUGUAAAAAUGAGGUCUCUGCUGUCUGUCUUCUUCUUUUGGAGAAAAUGAAAGAUGAAACAAAUAUUUUCCCUUAUAUGUUAAUGGUUUAUGUUGUUUUAUGGCA